AUGUCUGCUACCGCCGUGGAGAAGGCUACUGAUGCCACCGUCAAUGACGUUGCCAACACUCUGAGCAACACCUCUAUCAAUGACAAGGCCGCUGCCAACGAGGCCGCCUCUGCCUCCGCUGCAGAGGGCCGUCGUCUGUACAUUGGCAACCUGGCCUACCUGACAACUGAGGGAGAGUUGAAGGACUUUUUCAAGAACUAUCUUGUCGAGUCUGUCUCCAUCCCCAAGAACCCCCGCACCGACCGUCCUGUCGGCUACGCCUUCGUCGACCUCUCGACCCCUACUGAGGCAGAGCGCGCCAUCGAGGAGCUCUCCGGCAAGGAGAUCCUUGAGCGCAAGGUCUCUGUCCAGCUCGCUCGCAAGCCUGAGCUGGCUGGCGAGAAGGCUGAAGGUGCCAACGGUGAAGGUGCCGGUACCGAUGGUCGCCGUCGUACUGCUGGUCGUGGCCGUGGCCGUGGUGGCCGCGGCGGCCGUGGCGGUCGUGGUGGCCGUACUGGCCGCGCUGAGGGUGAGGAGAAGAAGGAAGGCGAGACUGGAACUGCUGGAACUGCUGAGGUUGCCGCAACCCCCGCACCUGCCACCGAUGCGGACGCCGCCGCCGCUACUGAGGUUCAGCCACUUAAAGACAUUACCAACAAGAAAGCAACUGACACGACAAACAAGGCUAAGAAAGAGCCUCGCGCGCCCCGUGAGCCCCGUGAGCCCCGCGAGCGCCGUGAGCGCGGUCCCCCUGCUGAUGGCAUUGCCUCCAAGACCAAGGUCAUGGUCGCUAAUCUGCCCUACGACCUGACCGAGGAGAAGCUUAUUGAGCUCUUCAAGGCUUACGAGCCUUCUUCUGCCAAGAUCGCUCUGCGCCCCAUCCCCCGCUUCAUGAUCAAGAAGCUGCAGGCUCGUGGUGAGGCACGCAAGGGCCGUGGCUUUGGUUUCGUUACCCUGGCUACUGAGGAGCUGCAGCAGAAGGCCGUUAGCGAGAUGAACGGCAAGGAGAUUGAGGGCCGUGAGAUCGCUGUCAAGGUUGCUAUUGACAGCCCUGACAAGACUGAUGAGGAGGCCAACGCCCCCGAGGGCGAGGCCGCUGAUAAGGAGGCUGCUGCUGAGGCUCCUGCCGCCACUGCUGCCGCCUAA